CGUCGAAGCCUGAAAGCCCAUAUUAACCAGCGUGCGAGAGUUAACGAGAAAAGAAAAAAAGAAACAAACAAGAAACAUGAACCAUAGUAAUAACAGCCAGCAAUCAAGCGAUGGAAGGCACGAUGAUGACGCAGCUCUCACAGAAUUCCUUUCUUCCUUAAUGGAUUUCACUCCCACUAUACCCGACGAAUUGGUUGAGCACUACUUAGCCAAGAGUGGGUUUCAAUGUCCCGAUGUUCGAUUAAUCAGAUUAGUAGCUGUUGCUACACAAAAGUUUGUUUCAGAGGUCGCGAUGGAUGCACUCCAGCAAUGCAGGGCUCGUCAAACUUCUGUGGUGAAAGACAAAAGAGAGAAGCAGCAAAAGGAUAAGCGGCUGAUCUUAACAAUGGAUGACCUGUCCAAGGCACUGCAAGGGCAUGGCGUGAAUGUGAAGCACCAGGAGUAUUUUGCUGAUAGCCCAUCUACUGGAAUGGAUCCUGCAUCAAGAGAUGAGUAAUAUGAUUUGUGGCUUUAGAAAGACGUCUUAACAUUUAUGUCAAGUCCAUAUACAUUUGCCUUUUCAGAACAACUCUUAUUAACAGAUAAAUGUUUAGUCCUGCAUUUAGAAUUUUAAUAUCUGCUGUCUAUUCUAUGUGUAUGUGCCUGUUUCAUUGAAUUCAUUUAUCUUUUUUUC